AUGGACACUGAUUGGACUGAAUUUGAUCCCUCUAUAGUGCUCGAUAUCAACAACAAACAUUCCAAAAACGAAUAUAGGUAUUAUAGAUAUAAUAAGGCAGAACAUUUCAUUCCCAUUGGAAGGCUCCUAUUUAGGGGAAUAAAAACAACUGAGGGAUUUCGCAACACAUCAGAUGUGGAUAUUUGGCAUGGAAAAAGCCCAAAGGAGUAUGUUAAAAACGUGAUGAUAAUUCCUUCCGGUAAGGAAAGAUAUUUGGUUUUAUUAUUAGCUAACAAUUGUUACGUGAUUUUUUUUAAAUCGGAUCGAGUAAAAACAUGGACAGACUACACACACAAUUCGUUUGUUCUAGGGGAUCUCAAAUUAUUAGGAUAUGAUUUGACUCAUCUUAAACCUAACACGAAAGAUGAACCUAAAGAAGUUUCUGAGGUUUCACUACCAGAAACCGUUCCAGAAAGUGAACUAAGGUCCAGAAAUUUAAUAGAUUUAGACAUCUCCAGGAUGUACAAUUUCACAGGAUACACAAUCAAAUAUGAAGACAAUAAAGUCAUUUUCAGGACAAGAUUUCAUUACCUUUUCAAAUCAGUUUUAAGAAGAAAUGAAAUUUUAUGGGAACCAAGCAAUGAAGGAGAAUUUCCAUACAAGGUAAUUUAUAAGGAGAUUGAAAAUAUUCCUAAAAUCAAGGUUUAUUUCCCUGAUGAUAAAGGUAUUGCUCCUCGACCCAAGCCUACAUUGAAUUUCGACCCAUCCAACAUAGAAGUUCAGGUCGUUAAUUACAAGGUUGGUGAUAAAAAGGUUGAGGAUGAAUUAUCGCAUAAAUCAAACAAUCGGUUUUCAUGGAAAGUUACUCAGCCUGUAACUCAUCUAAAUGCUAAACCACCUUAA